AUUUUCUCCUCAAUUUCCUAUGAUUUCCAUUCAUUUUUUAAUGAUGCAUUUAAAUACAAAAGCAUAUGUAACCAACAUAAUUAUAUUUCAUUUUAUUAUAUUAUCAUUUUAUUAUUCAUUUUAUUAUAUACAAAUUAAUUAAUUUUUUAACAUAUGAAUGGCAUAUAUAAGUUACGCAGUAAAGUUGCAGUAACAUGCUUGUCACGUAUCACGUGAUUCUGUGUAGUGUAGAGUUUAAUGGAAUCUAACCUAAACUGACUUUAUAAGUGAUCAAAAAGAAAUGUCAGAGAAAACGGAUUAUUACGAAGUGUUAUCCACAUUGAUAUCUAAUAGUGAUGAUGAUCAUGCUAAGAACUUUGAUGACAAGCUGGCGCGAAUAUUGGAAAAAAUAAUGCCGCUUUUACCAGAAGAUGUAAGGCAAUUGAUAAGAGAUGUCAAUAUCAGAGAUCAAUAUCUGCAAAUAAUAAUUUAUAUACUACACAAUAUUAAAAAAGAAAAUGCAAAAAUAGAUACUGAUGCGCUCAUUAGUGUGAAGCAAUAUCGUUCUUUAAAUAUUGCAGUAGAAUUAAUAGUAUCAAUUGGAAUUAUACCUCUUCUAUUACCUGGUGUUGGUAUAGAUAUGACUAAAUUAUGUCCCAAAGCUGUAAAAAUUUUUCAAGAGAAAGAGGAAUUAAGCUGCCUAGAAAAAUAUGAACGAUUAUGUUUUUCAACACAUUCACUCCUGGAUCUUUUUGAUGAUCUCAAUUUACGACCAGCUGUACUUUCCCAAAUUGGCCCUCUAAUGGCUGCUCUAUUACAAUUGUCUCAUGCUCCACUGGCUAAACCAUCAAGCAAAGUUCAAUCAAUCUCAAAUUUGAAUAAACAGGAAUUUCAUAUGACAAUAGAAGAAUAUCAAAAGCUGCAAAAUCGCCAAAAAGAAUUUCAUGCUAAAUUUAAUUCAUUAUUAAACAAUUGCCCGCAAUAUAUAUGUUUCCGGGAAUUAAUGAUAAUUCUUGGAAUGCAAAACGCGCCAAAAUGGCUGCGUAAAGAAACUCAGAAUUAUUUAAUUAAAAUACUUGUACAAUCAAAUGGAGUCUUAUCGUUAAUCGCCGCAAUUUGCGAAAAUGAUCUGGAUCUAGGUGCAGAUUGGAAGAAAUUAGAAACAGUUUCUAAGUUGAUAGCAGCAUCACAUGGAAAGAAUGCCGAAGAAUAUUAUAAAGCUAUAUGUCCACAGAUUUUAAAUCUGCUCUCUUCGGGAAAUAUAAACCAUGGUUCAAUGAUAGCAAAUUGCUGUAUCAAAGCCCUGUAUGAUUACAAUCCGGAUGCUUGUCAGAAAUAUAUCGUAGAAGUUAUUUGUGCACCUUUAUUAACAAAGGAACCAUACGUUGUAAAAUCUGAGAAGGAAAUAGAACAGAGUAUAGAUUGUUUAGCAAAAUGUUUUUUAACGGAAGAUGCCAAGUUUAAGCAUAUAUCUUGCACAGUUAUUUUGCAUGUCGCUACUCCUUUAUUUUGCCUGUACAAUACAGUUCGCGAAAGUGCUUGCAUAUUAAAAACAAAUUUACGACGACUGUUAUUGAAAAUUCUUGAGGAAGAAGCUAUGCGAGAAAAACUUUACGCAACUUUUCUAGGACAUGAUACAUCGGCAGAAUUCGGAGAUUACGUGAUGGCACAGUUUGGACCAACCGGUGGUCUCCAGAUUAUUGGCUUCAAUAAAAAUUUGAAAUACGAAGAAUUAGCUGAUACCGUUUUUGAACUGGUAUCCAUUGCAAAAGAUUUAUCUCCCAGCUUAUUCUGUUAUAUGUUAAAAUUUCUAUCGAAUAUAAAUAAGUCCAACAAAGUUGAACAACAAAAAAUGCUGGAGACGGAAGAUGAUAAAAUAGAACACAUCACGAUGCUAUUUGCGGCUCACAAACUUCUAUCGCAACUAGCCAACACUAGUACCGUUCAAGAAGCACAAGUAAAAAAUCCCACGCCACUGCUUUCGUUUAUAAGGUCGUUGUUCGAUACAUAUACAAAAAGCUACCAAGGCAAAACAGAAGAAAACGAUUGCGAAAUGCUGUACAUCAGCUUAAUGUUGAUAAAAUUUUUGGUUGAGAAAAAAACUGCUCCCGAAAUCGACCUCUUAAAAGAUUUCGCUACGUUUUUAGAGAACCAUCGCAGGAAUUCGAAUUUGCCGAUACAACUUAGGUCACUGAUUGACGAAGUGGUAGCCUGCAUCAUAAUGUAUGAUCCAAAUGAAAAAUCCCGAGUCAGUAUCGAAGGAAAAAAAUAUUAUCAAGACAUGUCAAUAAAUCCAAUCACGUCAAAUAAAUUUGACGAAGCCAUUAAGGAUCUCGCGGACCCGUUACUUCCUGUUCGUGCGCAUGGUCUCAUAACGCUUACGAAACUAAUCGAGAGUAAAGAUCCUUGCGCCGUCGCACGAAAAGGGAUCAUUCUGCGUUUGUUCCAGGAAAAUUUGAAACAUGAAGACUCAUUCGUAUAUCUAGCAUCUAUUAAUGGACUAUGCAUAUUGGCAACUGCAUUCCCGAAAGAAAUCAUAGAGAUUCUAAUGCCUGAAUACAUCGAUAUGCCUAAUCGUGCAGACGCGGAAAUAACCGUCGAAACUAGGAUAAAACUCGGGGAAAUAUUGGUCAAGACAACGAGAGCUUUAGGUGAAAUGAGCGUAGUUCAUAAGAACACUCUAGUAAACGGUUUUUUAUGCGCGACGCGUGAUUCGGACCCCUUGGUACGAGCCUCCAGUCUCUCUUGCUUGGGAGAACUCUGCAAGGUGUUGAAUUUUCGAUUAGGAAACAUUCUCAUCGAGAUUCUUUACUGCAUCACGUGUAUAAUAAAAUCGGACAAAAUACCCGAAUGCCGUCGUGCCGCUGUGCUAGUAGCUACGCUUCUAUUUCGCGGCCUCGGCCGGAAUACAUUGAGUAGUCUUGGUAGCGAUUUAGUCGACUUGUAUCGUGGAUUAAAGUACUUGCGUGAUAAUGAUGACGAUCCCGUACUACGGCUUCACGCUCAAUUGGCCUUGGAGGAGAUCGAUUACAUUGUACGGGAUUUUCUAUCCGCACCGUCUAAACUUGAAAAAAGAAUAUUUUUGUUGGAUCCACCGUCAAUUCCAUGA